AGAUAGUGGGGGAAGCAGUGUGGCGCAGAUGCGUGCGUACGAUCGAGCGCGUAACAUCUCAGAGUUUUCAGUGUCGCACGCAACGCGCACCAGAGUGACGUAUAUACGGCAGUGUUCUAGAACAUUCGAUCGAAACCUCGCUUUCGGGCGAGGUAUAUCGAGAAUUUGUCCAGUCGGAUACAUCAAUUCACAAGCGGGAACGUGAUUGAAAGCAUAAUCGACUACUUUUUCGAUUAUUAUCUAUUGAAAUUAAUACACGGUUACUUGUAAAUCUCACAUUCUUCAUAAUGCCAUUCACGGCAAAUGCGGCAGCGAGUCAGAUACAGGAGCGUCUGAAGAACAUUUAUAAUCUCGUGCACGAUAUAGAAACUCAACGCAUCCGCUCGGAGCACAACCUGAACAACAUCAUGAAGACCCACGAUAAGGUCACACCUGAUGACAAGGUCUCCCCUUACUACCAACAGAAACUGAAGAACUUGUAUAAUGCCGCGAUGACUGACGCUCAACAGGAAGAGGAGAUCCUACGCAAGGCCCUCAGUAAGAUAAACGAGAUACGCACCAUACGAAACGAACGACGCAUACAGGCGCGUAAGGCCGGCAACAAGGAGACCAUCAGACGCGGAGCACUGAUGAAGAUGUUGUUGAGCACCGCGCAGACUCUACCUCUCUAUGUAGGAAAAACGCCAGAUGCCAAGGUGCCACCGUUGUGCGGUGCGAUACCAGCCGAGCAGACAUAUAUCGCGAAGAUGGGUGACAUGGUGGCCGCUCUGGUGAAAGGCAACGAGGAAGGGGAGAAUUGGAUACUGGCCGAAGUCGUGCAAUUUAUUCCCGCGGCGAACAAGUACGAGGUCGACGAUAUCGAUGAAGAGCAGAAACCACGUCAUACAUUAUCGCGGAGACGAGUGGUGCCGUUGCCGUUGAUGAGGGCGAAUCCCGAGACCGAUCCCCAUGCCCUGUUCCCGAAAAAUGCCACGGUGAUGGCGUUAUAUCCGCAAACUACUUGCUUUUACAAAGCGAUCGUGAAGCAGCUACCGACCACCGCCACGGAAGAAUACGAAGUUCUCUUCGAGGAUGUCAAUUAUGCGACUGGCUACUCGCCACCAUUCAACGUGGCGCAGCGUUACGUAAUUUCCAUCAAAGAGAGCAAGAAAAAUAAGAGCCAGUGUAAAUAAAUAUUAUUAUUUUCUUAUUUUAAUCCUUUAAUUAACUUUAGAUUUUUUUUUUCUGAUAAAAGACAAUGCGCGAUUGCAAAGAUCGUAAGUCUCUUUUUGCAAUACAUAUGUACAUAUAUAUAUAUGUUUAAGUAGUAUAUGUAUUAAACUAUUUAUGAAGUUCCAUUACAGAUUCUCUAGGAUAUAAGAAAGAAAUGUUCGCAUCUAUGUUGAUUUAUGUGUUAAAACACACUUAUAAUAUUUGACUUUUAUAAUAAAUUAAGUUUUUUCAUCAUACGUUGCA